CCGCUUUACCGAGUGCAUCGUCUUUUCCCUUCUCAUCUCGCCCAACACCUCCACCUCUCCGCCUACACACUACCUUCCCCGAUCGCAAACGGAAAUGUGCAGACAAGUAACCUGCCCCAACGACGGAAAGCCCACUUGGUGGGGUUGCGGUGCUCACAUUGAUAUCGCUCUUGCAGGCGUACCCGAAGCUGCGAGAUGCACUUGCGAACACGUCCCUGCCGAUAUCCCCGGAAUGUACGAAGUCAAGAAGGACGGCCAAACCAACUAAGCAGGGGUCGGUCGUUCACAACCGGGGUUCUGGAGAGAAGAAGUGUCUGGACGUGGACGGGACUGGAGAGUGGGUGAGUGGGCGAGCGUGAGUCGGUCGUGUCGGUCGUUGUUGCUGGGUUCAUGGUCUCGGCAGGCGUUACCAGAUGUAUAUAUGAUCUAGCAGUCUCUGUGGAACUCUCUCUGGAAUAACCGUACAAGCAGACGUAAAAGUACAAUACAUAGAACCCAAUCAAAACUUCAUCAACGCGCAUGAAUCACAGCUCCUCCAU